UCCAGAGCACAGAUUCAAUUUGAGACUGACCAUGCCCCUUCGAGAGUUUGUAAACUGGGACCAGACGCAGCUAACUCAUUGGACUGACAUGAGGCGAUUUUUCGUGCAAUGGCAGGGAAACUACGAGAAUAUAGCAAGGUGGAACAACGAUGGCCGUGAAGUCGCAACCCUUUGGCGGCUGUGGACGGACAUACGGAUUGGGUCUUGCUUUUUUCAGAAUGAAAAUCACUUCUUGAUGCAGGGUACGACGUAGUUUUACCGAUAUCGUUUGUAGCACUAGAUAGAAUUGUUCAAGAACUUCUGGUUCUGGGAACAAAUUCAAAUAGCUCGCGCGUUAUUGCUCCAAUCUAUCAACUCCAUGCAUAUUGUUUGAACAUCGGAAAUCAGAUAGGCAGAGUCGCCGGGAGGCAAGUAGGGGUGAGCGCAGAAAAGACGGGACACAUCACAAUGAUACUGUGUCCGUCAACGAAAGCGAUCGAAGUUCUUCCUGCUAUAUCGGCGAACUACUGCUGCUGCUCUCUGGCUACGUGUUUUUGCCGCGGUCGGAGCUACGACAUGUUGUCAAUGUCACUGCGACUGAGUGGCGUGAAAACACCGGAAUCAUGGCGGGAAAUACGUUGCCUGGUGCUGGAC